AUGAAACUUAGUGACCGCUUUAUCAACUGCUUUGUUAUCAUGCGGAAACUGGGGCACAAAGAAAUUAAGGAUUUGCUCCUUGCUUCUCUCUCAGAUGAAUUGCUCAAAUAUCAGUUGGUGCUGAAUACUGUCUCCGGUGUUGAAGAUAGUUAUGAAUUGGACACCUUUAUUUACAUCCCAGAAGAAGUUGGGGGAACGGAGUCUUUGGAAUGCUUCUGCAGUUUUGAAGAAAUCAGGACAAUGCCUUCAAAUGACCUGAUCUGGGGAGUUUUAUUCACCUGUCAGACUGGCAUCGGAAUCCUGGGGAACUCGGCCUUGCUCACGAUCCACGGCAACAUCUUUCUGUAUCAAUCCCAACAGAAGAAGCCCACAGACCUGAUCAUCACCCUCCUAACCGUGGCUAAUAUGAUAGUGCUUUUGACCCGUGGGGUCCCAAUGGCUAUGGCAUCUUUUGGCAUGAGGAACAUUGUGGAUGAGGUUGGAUGCCUAGCGUUGUUUUUUGUUAACCGAGUGUCCCGUGGUCUUUCUAUCUGCAUCACGUGUCUCCUCAGCAUGUUCCAGGCCAUCACCAUCAGCCCCAGCACCUCCCACUGGGGCCAACUCAAACCCAGAGCCCCCAACUACAUCAUCCCUUCCCUCAUCUUCUUCUGCAUCCUCAACUUCUUCAUCUAUUUAGGCAGUAUCUUAACCAGUCAAUUCUCCAGAAAUGUCAGUGACUCAAAAUAUACUUUAAUUUCAAAAACCUGUUCUAUCUUACCGAGGGGUACUGGUGUACUUAGCACUGUGUGUUUAAAUGCCAUGACUCUCCGAGACCUCCUCUUUAUGGGUCUCAUGAGCUGGGCCAGCGGCUACAUGGUGAUUGUGCUCUACCGACACCGCAAGCAAGUCCGGCACAUCCGUGGCACCGGCCUCUCUCCAAAAUCUUCUGUGGAGACCAGAGCCUCCCACACCAUCCUGCUCCUGGUCACCUGCUUCGUUACUUUUUAUUGGAUGAACUGUAGCACCAUUGUCUCGUUAAGUGUGCAAACAGGUUACAGUGCUAUGAUACUUAACGCUACAUCUUUUCUGUCUACAUGUUAUCCUUUGUUCUGCCCUUUGCUGCUGAUCAGCACAGAUGCCCGGGUACCUAUUGCCAAGUAUAUCCUCCGGAAGCUGAGAAGCUCCUCUGCCAGGAGUGCGCAUGUUUCCCCCUAA